AUGUCUAAAGGUCUUCUUAUUACCGGUGCCACCGGCAAGCAGGGUGGUGCGGUCAUUGACGCUCUGAUCGAGUCUCCAUCGCACAGCUCCGAAUUCACCAUUCUAGCAGUAACCCGCAACCCCACAUCGGCCUCGGCAUCUGCUUUGCAGAAGAAGUCCUCAGCAAUCAAGAUAGUGACAGGCGAUCUCAACGACAUCCCAGGAAUCUUUAACGCCGCCGAAGCAAUUCACAAACCUAUCCAUAGUGUCUUCAGUGUGCAGACAUUUGCCGGACAAGGCCAAAACGUCGAAAGCGAAGAGAAACAAGGCAAAGCCUUGAUAGACGAAGCAUUGAAACGCGGCGUCAAUCACUUCGUCUACACCUCUGUCGAUCGUGGCGGCGACAAAUCUCUUGACAAUCCGACCGAGAUUCCACAUUUCCGAAGCAAACACAAUAUCGAGCGCCAUCUGGUCGACAGUACCAAAGGAUCAAACAUGUCAUACACGAUUUUACGGCCCGUUGCGUUCAUGGACAAUUGGGUCCCAGGCUUCAUGGGAAAGAUGUUCGGUGCAAUGUGGACGUCAGCCAUUGCGCCAAAUCACAAGCUUCAGUUGAUCAGUGUGAGAGACAUUGGUCAUUUCGCCGCUGACGCCUUCCGUAAUCCUGCGCGAUUCAACAAUCGUGCUCUGAGCCUGGCUGGCGAUGAGCUUACUUUCUCGCAAGCAAGCAAGGUAUGGCAGGAGACCAUGGGCUACGGAGCUCCGGUCACAUACUCGUUCAUGGGCGCUGGAUUGUUGUGGGCGAGCAAGGAGCUGGGCACCAUGUUUAGGUGGUUUGAGACGGAUGGCUACGGUGUAGACAUUCCUGCUCUCAAGAAGGAACACCCUGGCUUGCAGACUUUGGGCGACUAA